AUGCUCGAGAAAUCUGUACAUCGCCAACAUCAUGCUCGAGAAAUCUGUACAUCGCCAACAUCGUUGAUUCCACUUGGUCAGUCAUCGGACGAUUCAUUUGUUAAUACACCAGCAACAAUUGUGCCACAUGAAACGAUGAACUUGAUCGAAUCUGGCGUAAUGUCCCGGCACCCCGCCGAUGCACCGGAAAUUCUGGAAGAUUUUCCGGAACGUCAUUCGGCAACAACAACAUCUGGUUUUGAUGCACCAAGCACAGCUCCGUCCAGAAUUUGCCGUCAGAGCAAUGAUGCGGAUGGUGAUCUCGUUUGCUAUAGAAAGGUUUUACAUUUUUAG